CUUUGUGAUUUGUUCUCCAAGUUCAGCCCAGACUGCGCACAGUUUCUCUGUGCUACGCCUUUCCCCCUCCAUCCCUGCUCCUCUUUAUGAUUUUGUUGACGCUGUUUUACAGGACAUGGCAGGAUGCGCUUUUGGGACCAACAAGUAAGUUGUCUCCUCAAGCUUCGCUCCUUCGUGUUUCAGACGUCAUAUAAUGUUUAGAUGCUGCCCUGUGUGGAAUGAACAAUGGUGAGGCUCCUUGGUGCUGCGGCAGGCGGCAUGUUUUGGUUCCCUCUACUGUUGCUGUGUGUGCUGCUGGAGACGGAACUCGGAGCCGGAGUCUCCGUUUUCCAGGGUUUCUACCUUCCACCUGCAAAUGGCUCGCUGAUCACACCAGCCAGGAGGACAGAUGGGGUCGUACGGACUAUUGAUCGGAUUUAUAACGGAGGGGGGAAGGCGGGGUACUUGAUCUACCUGGAUGGGAGUCGCUUUCAACUGGACAUGGAGCGUGAUGGGACCGUGAUGUCGCAUCACUUCAGCCCUCAGUAUGUACUCGCCAUGAUGGGAGGCAGCUCGGAGUCUUUGCAGCGGGACUGCGUGUAUCGCGGAACGGUGAACACCAAUCCGGAGUCCCUGGCUGUUUUCAACCUUUGCGGUGGAGGUCUGGAAGGCUUCUUCGCCAUGCACGGUGUGCGCUACGCGGUCACGCCGAUCGUCCGAGCCAAGGGGCACGAGAAUGACGCGCGCGCUCUGCAAGACAAGGACGCGGAACACGCCCUCCACGUCUUCACGCGUGAGAGCUUCACGUUUGAAGCCGCACGCGACGGCCGUGAGAGCUGCGGGACGCGCGAUCGUGGCAGAGGGCGCCGGGACGCAGCGCGGAAAAGUCGGCGCAAGGGUCGCUCGGGCAGAAAGAGGCCGGACAGAGAGAUGCAUGAUCUGGGAGCGCGCGGGCGGAGAUGGUGGAGCCGGCUCGUUCCAAAUGCAGCUGCGGACAGCCACAUGCGACGCAAAAGGUCGAUCUCUCGCUCCAGACAUGUUGAGCUUCUCCUGGUGGCAGAUGAGACCAUGACCAAGAAGUACGGCAAGGACUUAAACCACUAUCUCCUCACCCUGGCCUCCAUCGCUUCCAAGCUGUACGGGCACGCCAGUAUCGAGAACCCCAUCCGGCUGUCCGUGGUGAAAGUCACCACGGUCACCGACAAAGACAAAGGGCUGGAGGUGUCCAAGAACGCAGCGGCAACUCUCAAGAGCUUCUGCAAGUGGCAGAACCAGCAAAACCCGCUGGGCGACGACCAUCAAAACCACCACGACGCCGCCAUCCUCUUCACUAGGCAGGACCUCUGCGGCCAUCACUCCUGUGACACUCUAGGAAUGGCAGACGUUGGCACUAUCUGCUCUCCGGAGAGAAGCUGUGCUGUCAUUGAGGAUGACGGGCUUCACGCUGCAUUCACAGUGGCACACGAGAUCGGCCAUUUGCUGGGUUUGUCCCAUGACGACUCCAAAUUCUGCGAGGAGCGUUUUGGAGUGAACAGCGACAAGAGGCUCAUGUCCUCCAUCCUCACCUCCAUUGACGCAUCCAAACCUUGGAGCCGCUGUACCUCAGCCACCAUCACCGACUUCUUUGAUGAUGGCAAUGCCGAGUGUCUUCUCGACUUACCUCGUCAGCCCCUAUUGGGUCCCGAAGAGCUUCCGGGGCAGAGUUAUGACGCCGUGCGCCAGUGCCGCCUGGCUUUUGGGCCAGAAUACACCGUGUGCCCCGGCAUGGAUGUGUGCUCUCGGCUUUGGUGCGCAGUUAUUCGCCAGGGACAGAUGGUGUGUCUGACCAAGAAGUUGCCAGCUGUGGAGGGUACACCCUGCGGGAAGGGACGCAUCUGCCUGCAGGGCAAGUGUGUGGACAAAACGCGCAAGAGACAUUACUCGUCAUCCAACCAUGGCAGUUGGAGCUCUUGGGGUUCUUGGGGUUCAUGUACCAGAACAUGUGGUGGUGGAGUGCAAUUCGCCCAGCGGCUAUGCAACAACCCGCCCCCACGGAACAACGGGCGUUACUGCACUGGGAAGAGAGCCAUCUACCGGUCUUGCAAUGUUACGCCAUGCCCACCAUCAAAUAAGAGUUUCCGGCAAGAGCAAUGUGAGGUGCGCAAUGGCCCGCAGACAGAUCCUAAAGGGGUGAAAACCUUUGUUGAGUGGGUGCCCAAAUAUGCUGGAGUUCUCCCAAAAGAUGUGUGCAAACUCACCUGCAGAGCGAAAGGAACGGGUUACUAUGUGGUGUUCUCACACAGGGUGACAGACGGGACCGAAUGUCGUCCUUACAGCAGCUCGGUGUGCGUGAAGGGGAAAUGUGUGCGCACAGGCUGCGAUGGCAUCAUAGGCUCCAAACUUCAGUUUGACAAGUGUGGCAUAUGCGGAGGCGACAGCACAGGAUGCAUCCGAGUUGUGGGCAACUUCACCAAGAAAAGUAAGGGCUACACUGAUGUAGUGAAGAUCCCUGCAGGCUCCACCCACAUCAAGGUUCGUCAGCACAAGGCCAAAGACCAGACCCGUUACACCGCCUACCUCGCCCUCCGGAGACCCAAUGGGGAUUACCUCCUCAAUGGCAAGUUUAUGAUCUCCACCUCCGAGACCAUCAUUCCGCUCAACGGCUCUGUGCUUAACUACAGUGGCUGGAGUCAAAGGGAUGAAUGGGUCCACAGCAUGGGCCCCGGGGCCCUCCAAGAGGCCUUGGUAGUCCAGAUCCUUGCGACAGAUGCUAAAAAAACCCUGGAUGUUCGUUACAGCUUCUUUAUGCCACGCCGAACGACUCCACAGCAGCCACCGCUACUGCUUGUCCAAAGUCUGAAUCUGGCCCGUUUGCAGGGCACGACAACUGACACCAAAACCACCACCACUAGCGCUACGACGUCCUCCCCCACUCCCACUAUUCCGGUCCCUUCACCAACGAUAGUUCCCAGUUUGCCUACACCACCGCCCGGACCCCAAUGGGUGACAGGAGUAUGGAUGAGCUGCUCCAGGACUUGUGACACUGGUUGGCAGAGCAGGACAGUUCAGUGUAAGGACCAGGGCGGGAAGCUGUCCAAGGGAUGUUUGCUGAAUUCCCGCCCCUCCGCUUUUAAACACUGUCUUGUCAGAAAAUGUUAAAAUAGCAGGAGGAUGGGAACAAGACUUUGUAGGACAAAAGAAGUGGUCGAAUAAAAGUGCUGCAUGUUGGAAUAUGGACCAAUGAAUUUAAGACAUAAUCGAGAACCCUAAUCAGGACUGUGAAUGUUGAAGCAAGUCUCACAGAGACUCGGCUUAAAGAAUGUCUCAGAAUCGCAAAUCAUUAAGAGAGGACCCGUUUGUUUUCAAGUCAAGGACUUUUGUUGCAUGUUGACGACUCAACCUGUUUCAGCAUCCACAUGUACUUUGUCUUAUUUUGUGUCUUUGUUUGUGUGUGUGAGUGUAGAAGUCCUGUAUUCUCCUAAUUAAGGGAGACACGUGUCUUUUGCCCUCCAGCUUACUGCAUUGCUUUGACCAUCCAACUAUCCAGGGAUGGGGGCAGACGAUGACCAACAAUGGACGGGGAAACCCGGACGUUCGGUGUUUAAAUGGUGCUUUACACUCUGUCCAUUAUGCACAAUAAUGUAUUACACAAAAGUAGGGGAAACAGAUAUACUGAGGUUGAGACUUGCUCAGGCUCUCAAAGUUCCUUGCCUCUGCAAUAACUCGGGAAGAAUGACACAAGUGUUGAUUGCAUCUUCUCAAGAACAGAACAGUGUCCUUGCCAAGUCAGCUAUCAGAGGGGUAAAGUAACUACGACUCCAUGAUUGUCCUUAAACUGGAAGUCAACCCCAACAUUUUCUUUGUGAUAAUAUCUUCCGUGCAGCCCAAUUAGUCAAAACACGGUGUUCCGAUUCAUGUUUCCUUUGUGGAAAAUGAAUUAAACAGGCAAAAUCCAUCUGUUUUUAUCGGUCGCCGGGGGCGGCCAUUUUGCCACUUGCUGUCGACUGAAAAUGACUCGCAUAUUCUCAGGUCUCAGGUCAUAACCAAUCAAGGCUCAGCUUCAGGAAAACUGGUGAGCCGUGAUUGGUUGUGGCGACUGUGAUGUCAUUUACACUCGACAGCAUGUGGCAAAAUGGCCGCCAACUGAGAUGGAUAAAAACAAUCGGAUUUUACCUGUUUAACUCAUAUUCCAAAAAUGCAAUAUUUAUCAGAACCUUGUGUUUAGACUAGUGAGGGCACAUGCAACAUAUUAGUGUAAAGAAAAUUUAGGGGUUUACUUCCUCUUCAAGAUUGACGUUCUUGGAGGUUAAAGAUGCAUCGCUUAUUUUGCUUCAUUUUUGAAGUGUGUCUGUGUCUGUGUGUUUGUGCGUCUGCUGACUUGCAUUGAGAGUGACAUUAAAAAUGCAAACAAAGACAAUACACUGGGAAAUUUCCAUUGGUGUGCACUGCCUUUAAGCGGGGUACACACAUACUAAAAAAAUGGACCGAAUAUUUCCCACCACUUUUAAUCAGUCAGUGAAAUCCCAAUUUUCAGAUCUCACUGAAAGAUCCUGACUAGUGAAGAAAUGAUUUUAUGUGUGGUGUGCUGUCUUGGUUAUCUCAAGUACGCCACACGACACACGAUGAUUUCUUUCCUCAUCGAGUCGGAUCCCUCAUAUUUUCAAAAUCGGUCGAGAUUUUCAAAAUCGGUACGUGUGUGUCCCGCUUUACAUGUUAACAACUCAAUGUAAACCAUCUUGAACAGUGAAUGAUUUCAAUGUAUGUGUUAGUAUUCCAAACAAUUUGCAGAGCCAUAUGCACAUUGGUACACCUCAUUGAAACACACAGCUUCUUCCUAUGAGGAAAGCCCUCUCGCUGAACAGCAAAAACGGCACUGAGCUUGUAAUUUAUUGUUUGUACAACUGCUAUGUGUGAAUAACAACGCAACGAGAUGAGGUUUAUUUAUUGUAGUAAUUUUGUAUCAGAUUACUAUUUAACUUAGGACUAUGCAGAAUCCUCAGUGUCAGGAUAUAGUGUUUCUUUUCCAGUCGUGGGAUGUACAUAAAAUAUCUAUAUUUAAAAAAGAAUCUCACUGUGUGUGAUGUUUUUUUGUUAACUAUCAAUACAAACUUUUUUUUACAAAUUAUUCUCUAUUGACUCUAAGGACGGAAAGUAAAAUGUAUUGGGUUGCUAAACAGCAAGUGCUACAAAUCCAAGUAUGUCCCAAAUGUACUGAAUUUGAUGAGGUAUGGAGAAGUAAAUGUUAAAGAUGAAUGUACACAAUAAACUACAAUGUUGCAUUA